CACCCAGAGCCUUCGGCUGCACUGUGGGCGCUGCUCUCGGGGACAGUCUGGGAAAGCUCUGUCCUGGAGCGCCUGGGACAGAGGACAAUCCUGGGUAUGGGGCGGGUGCCAUGAAGCCGGUGCGAGUUGUCACUCUUUGGUGGAUGCUCCUGCUGGGGGCCGCCAGGAAGGGCGCUGCGCAAGAGUCCACCUUCUACUAUGGAACCUUCCCCGUGGGCUUCUCCUGGGGUGUGGGCAGCUCCGCUUACCAGACGGAGGGCGCCUGGGACCAGGACGGGAAGGGGCCCAGCAUUUGGGACGCGUUCACACACAGCGGCACAGGGAAGGUGCUCGGGGAUGACACGGCAGACGUGGCCUGCGACAGCUACUACAAGGUGCAGGAGGACGUGAUGCUGCUGAGGGAGCUGAACGUGAGCCACUACCGCUUCUCCCUGUCCUGGCCCCGGCUCCUGCCCACUGGCAUCCGAGCCGAGCAGGUGAAUGAGAAGGGCAUCAGAUUCUACAACGAGCUCAUCGACGCCCUGGUGAGGAGCGACAUCACCCCGAUCGUGACCUUGCACCACUGGGAUUUGCCGCAGCUGCUCCAGGUGAAAUACGGCGGGUGGCAGAACGCGAGCAUGGCCACCUACUUCCGGGACUACGCCGACCUGUGCUUCGCUGUCUUUGGGGACCGUGUGAAGCACUGGAUCACUUUCAGCGACCCUCGGGCCAUGGUGGAGAAAGGCUACGAGACGGGCCUCCACGCGCCGGGCCUGAGGCUGCCCGGGACCGGCCUGUACAAGGCUGCACACCACAUCAUUAAGGCUCACGCCCACGUCUGGCACUCUUACAACGACAUGUGGCGGGGCAAGCAGCGAGGUCUGGUGGGGAUUUCGUUGAACUGUGACUGGGGGGAGCCCGUGGACGUCAGCGACCCCAAGGACGUCGAGGCUGCCGAGAGAUACCUGCAGUUCUGCCUGGGCUGGUUUGCCAACCCCAUCUAUGCGGGCGACUACCCCCAGGUCAUGAAGGACCGCAUAGGAAGGAAGAGCGUGGAGCAGGGCCUCGAGGCGUCCAGGCUGCCGGCGUUCUCGCUGCAGGAGAAGAGCUACGUUAAGGGCACCUCGGAUUUCCUGGGCUUGGGUCACUUCACAACUCGGUACGUCACGGACAGGAGCUACGCCCCCCGCCAGGGACCCAGCUACCAGAAUGACCGGGACGUCAUGGAGCUGGCCGACCCGGACUGGCCGGAUCUGGGGCCCCAGUGGCUCCGCUCGGUGCCCUGGGGGUUCAGGAGGCUCCUCCACUUUGCUCAGACGCAGUAUGGCGAUCCUCCCAUCUAUGUGACAGAGAACGGGGCGCCCCAAAGAGUGCCCUGCAGUCAGCUGUGUGAUGAGUGGAGAAUCCACUACCUCAAGGGAUACAUAAAUGAGAUGCUGAAAGCCGUGAAGGACGGCGCUAACAUCAGAGGGUACACCGCCUGGUCUCUGUUGGACAAGUUUGAGUGGGACAAAGGCUAUGCGGACCGAUACGGAUUAUACUACGUCAGAUUCAUUGACAGAAAUAGGCCUCGCCACCCAAAGGCCUCCAUGCGCUAUUACAAGAAAAUCAUCGCUGCCAAUGGGUUUCCCAGUCCGAGAGAGGUGAACCGCUGGCACCGCGAAGCCCUGGACAUGUGCUCCAUCGACAACCAGAUGCUCGCCGCAGGAUUUAAUUGGCCAAAACAAGUUAGCCAGUUCAUGACUUCUACUGCUUGGUAACAUCGGGUAAGCCUCUUGUCCUCAUCUACAAUGCCCAUGGAAGGUAUCGCAUCACAGUGCAGCUGGAGAGAGAAAGUGCGCGGAAUACCUUGGCGAGGGC